AUGGCCGUCGAGGCCGAGAACGCACGACCCUUCUCCGUUGCGCUAUCAUGGCCGUCUAUGGCUGCUGCAGGUCUGUGGCCCUCCUCCGUCGCCCCUGCAUGGCCGCCCGACGCCGAUACCGCGCGUCCCGUGAGCAAAGUGUUACCGCAACUCACUCUCCAUGUGGGAUGCCAAAGCGGAGCGCCGAAGAAAAGAAAAGAGAAGAGAAGAAAAGCGGCGAGGAAAAGAAGCAAAAGAGAAGCCAACGCAAAGCAGAUUCGGGCCGUCGGGGGCGCCACGUUGGACGAGGACAUGAUCGAGGCGCUCUUCAUGAACAACUCCAUGCCCGCCGCGCCGCCGAGGGACACCGGGAGGAAGCCCGCCGCGCCGGCGUUCAGGCAGGAGGAGAGGGUGCUCGACCCCAAGAAAGCGCAGAACAUCGCCAUCUUGUUGCGCGCCUUGAAUGUCACGCGUGAGGAGGUCUCGGACGCGCUCCUGGACGACGCGAAAUCUGAAAAGGAAAACACCACGGCCACCAGCUCCAAAGAUAAAGGCCUGAAGGUUGUGUGCGGGCUGAGCAGCGAGCUCGGAAACGUCAAGAAGGCGGCUUCCAUGGACUUCGACGUUCUGCACGGCUACGUCAGCAAGCUCGAGACGGGCCUCGAGAAGAUCAAGUCGGUGUUGCAGCUCGAGAGGCAGUGCACGCAGGGCCAGAGGUUCUUCAUCGCAAUGCAGGGCUUUCUGAAGGAGGCCGACAAGGAGAUCGAGAUAGUGAGAGGCGAGGAGAAGUGGGCUCUGGGGAGGGUGAAAGACAUCACCGACUACUUCCACGGGGACGCCGCGAAGGAGGAGGCGCACCCUCUGAGGAUAUUCAUGGUGGUGAGGGACUUCCUCUCGAUGUUGGAUCACGUCUGCAGGGAGGUUGGCCGGAUGCAGCAGGACAGAACCGUCGUCGGGUCGGCGAGGUCGUUCCGUGUCUCGACGACGGCCCCAUUGCCGGUCCUAAGCUUGUAUGGCCAACGGCGGCAGAACAACUCCGACGACGAUGAUGAUAGCAUGUCGUCGUAG